AUGCAGAUGGUAGACGUUGGUGGACAGAGAUCUGAACGGAGGAAAUGGAUUCAUUGCUUUGAGAAUGUAACAUCAAUUGUUUUCCUUGUAGCCUUAAACGAAUACGACCAAGUUCUUGUAGAAAAUCAAAAUGAGGCUCAAAGAAGAUUAUAUGUGGAAGGUGAUUUUAAGGAGAUAAACAACAGGACACUUUCCGGCUUCUCGUAG